CGGCCGGGGGGCGGAGGAGCGAACCACUGAGAUGCGGAGACCUCCCCAGUCCUAGAGCGGAGCAGGAAGUGUCCCAGGGGAGGGAGCCGGAGGGCUUCGGCCUUUCCUUUCCUCCGCGUCCGGCGGGCUCCGGAGGCGGUCAGGCCUGCACGGCCCGCCAACUGGGACGCGGCGCGGCGGCGCCUCCAUUUGCUACCAUUUCUUCCCUCCUAAGCGGAGCCGUGGUUUUCUGGAUGAGCAGGAGACGGGGGCUCGGCUAGCCAGGGACGGAGUGGCCUCUGCAGAGGACCCGCCUCAGGAAGCACACCCAGGGGACCGGGCUGGAAGGAUGAGGAGCUGCUGCCGCAGACUUCCGCCGCAGGAGGGAUUUGAGUUAGACGCAGGGAAGGAGUUCCAGGCUGUGAGCUCAUUUUGUAAAGGUCUCAAGGGCAAGGACGGUGACUUUGGCUCUGAAGCCUCAAGAUAGCGGCCUUCUCAGCUCGUCCAUUUCAGGUCCUUUCCAGGAGGACCUGGACACCGAAGGGUCGUCUUCUGCUGCUGACCCCCAUCAAAUCCCAUCAUGCCCACAGCCCUGUGCCCCCGAGUCUUGGCUCCGAAGGAAAGUGAGGAGCCCAGGAAAAUGAGGAGCCCACCGGGAGAGAACCCUAGCCCCCAGGGUGAGCUUCCCAGCCCCGAGUCCUCCCGCCGCCUCUUCCGACGUUUCUGCUACCAGGAGGCGGCGGGCCCCAGGGAGGCCCUGCACCGCCUCUGGGACCUGUGCCGGGGCUGGCUGCGGCCUGAAAGGCACACCAAGGAGCAAAUUCUGGAGCUGCUGGUGCUGGAGCAGUUUCUGGCCAUCCUGCCCCGGGAGAUCCAGGGCUGGGUGCGGGCCCAGGAACCUGAGAGUGGCGAUCAGGCUGUGGCUGCUGUGGAGGCACUGGAACGAGAGCCGGGGAGACCCUGGCAAUGGCUCAAGCACUGUGAAGACCCCGUGGUGAUUGACGAUGGGGACAGCCCUCCAGACCAGGAGCAGGAGCGGCUGCCAGCAGAACCCCAGAGUGACCUUGCAAAGAGCCAGGACGCCCAGCCCAUGGCCCUGGCUCAGGGCCCCGGGCUUCCAAGCAGACUCUCGGGCCAGCUCAGCGGGGACCCAGUCCUGCAAGACACUUCCCUUCUUCAGGAAGCGAGUUUGAGAGACGCACAGCAGGUGACUGCCCUCCAGCUGCCCCCGGUGCUCAGCUGCCAUGUGAAUAUCCUCUUAUGUGAAAUGUUUCUUCAUGACUUUUGCCUGUGAUCUAGUUGGACCAUUUACUUUUUCACUGUUGUUUCAAGAGCUCAGUAUAUAUUCUAGAUACUUGUCCUUUGUUGGAUAU